AGAGCCAGUUCCUUUUCACUGCACAUUGCGCGACUGGAGGAAACUGUUGGCAGUCUCAGUGUUGGGUAGCCAGCUACCAAUAUUGCAGAAUGUUGGCUCUAAUUAAUCGUCUUUUGGACUGGUUUAAGUCCCUUUUCUGGAAGGAAGAGAUGGAGUUGACUUUAGUCGGACUUCAGUAUUCGGGGAAAACAACAUUCGUCAAUGUGAUUGCUUCGGGUCAGUUCAGUGAAGACAUGAUACCUACUGUUGGCUUCAACAUGAGGAAGGUCACAAAAGGAAAUGUAACUAUUAAGAUUUGGGAUAUAGGAGGGCAGCCACGGUUCCGCAGCAUGUGGGAGCGGUACUGCAGAGGAGUCAAUGCAAUAGUGUACAUGGUGGAUGCUGCAGAUCGAGAGAAGGUAGAAGCAUCCAGGAAUGAGCUCCACAAUCUUCUAGACAAACCUCAGUUACAAGGAAUUCCAGUAUUGGUGCUCGGUAAUAAGAGAGAUCUACCUAGUGCCCUGGAUGAGAAAGAGCUCAUUGAGAAGAUGAAUUUGGCAGCUAUACAGGACAGGGAGAUCUGCUGCUACUCUAUUUCAUGCAAAGAGAAAGACAAUAUAGAUAUCACGCUGCAGUGGCUGAUCCAGCACUCAAAGUCACGAAGGAGCUGAGAACAAUCCUGAGAAUAACAAACAAACUGCAUCUCAGCUGUUUCUGCUGCCAUGUUCUUCUCAUGCCACUUCCUGCUCACUCUGUGACGUGCCGUUUUCCAUUCUGCACACUCAUCUCACCACCCCAUCUCCCAGGCUCUCGCCCAAUCCCGUCUCGCCGUGAUCCUCGUCCCUCCAGUGUUUUUGUAUGUGCCCCCUACCCACUCCAACCCAACCCGUGGACUAUGCCCCUCAAGUCUUGACACCAAGAGAAUGUUAGCCAUGUGCUAGUUCAGAUAGUCCAUUUCAGGAAGCCAGUUGGUAGUCCAAAGUUGAAGCCCAAAGUGGGCCCAGCCACCUACCCUUUUUUCCUCCUACAUACCCAAAGGUUGUGACGCUCCCUUCCAUGACCCUGUGGCGGGCUGGAUGAACCACUCGCCCAGGUUUUCUGGCUCCUGUCCUGAGGGGAUGGGGCUGUGUGCAGACCAGGGCGUGGUGAAGUGGACUUGAAUGCCUCUUGUCAUGUUGUGUGUAAUCUGUUUAUGGGUAUUGCCUUUUUUGCCAAAUGGUGUGUGUUCCCCUGAGAAAGCAAAACGAUACAAAAAAAAUAUAUAUGAAUAAUAAUGACGUAAGAGCAAAGAAGUAAACGAAACAGCCCAACUGUUGGGACUAUUAAGGUUUUUAUUUAAGGUGAACAUACGUAAGAGUAAUUUUGAAAGAACAGAUGUGUGAAUGUAUGAAAGGUUGAGCUGAGGGCUACCUUUUGAUGGUGAUGUUUGUGAGGUGUGAACUGGAGUAUAGGCAGAAUUUAAAGUGCCUUGUGCAAAAUCCCUCACCUCUUCUGCUACAACCGCUUACCAGGUGUGCCUGCCUGGACUGAGAGGUUGUCACGUAAAAGACAUCUUGUCUCUUCAAGAAAUAAAAAGGCAUGCUUUUAAAUGUAGAUCAUUGUAUCGUCAUUAUCAAAUUUACAAAAAAAAGAAAUCCGCUUUAAAUUCUGUGUAAAGUUAAGUUCAUUAAGUAGCCAAGUAUUUGGAACCCCACUAUUAUCAAUGCACUUUUGUAAAUAAAACAACAGUAAAUAAACAGAUUGUAGUGUAUGAAA